CAGACAUACGAACUACGAGAGGUACGAAAGUAUAUAAAUAAUGCAUGUUUCCUGCAACAGAGGCAGCAAGCAAUCUUGGCUUAUGUAUAAGAGACUGAUUCUCAACUGCCAACUGACAGCUGCCAGUGAAGUGAGGAAGUGGGUAAGUCUCCCGGCUGUAAUUGGACGUAACCAGAGGCCCCAGGAGACUCCACCCACCGCCACAAGCCACAAGCAGUCGUACAGGGAUAUAUUUUCACAAUCCGAGGUAGACCAUCAUCACUGUGCUCCAGUCAGAUGAUCCUGCCACACCAGCAGUCUUAUACCCGGACUGGCAGUUACAUGCAGCUAGCAGCAAUUUAUCCAAUUACCUCCACAAUUGCAAAUUGUUCCAGCACCCAUCAGCUGACAGAACCAGCGGUGGGGCAUUCAUACAGCUGUUGACAGCGAAUGCACGGCAGGUGCAGUUAAUUGUUAUUCUCUCCUGACACCUCACUGUGAGGACAGAUGUCAAGAAGGAGCUGUAAAAAGUGAUUUUUAAAAAUCAAACUGGCAACCCAAUUCCGUUACUUGUGAGAUAUAUAUAUAUGUGUGUGUGUACGAUGCAGUGCAGAUUUCCAUUCACUGAAGAAAAAAGAAUUUUGAGAAAUCAACCAAACGUUGUUGUUAUCGUACCAACCUGCUGAACUAAAUACGAAUGACAUUAUAAAACCAGGUGAUCUUACGACAAUAGAUCUGGGAUAGAUUCAUAUUUCAUAUUCAGUGGAAUUCAGCAAAAAAAAAAAAAAAAUACUUUGGAAAUUGUUACACAUACUAAAAAAAAAAACUUUGGUCAUAUUUGUCACAAAUGUUUUGAAAAAGAACAAUUCCAAAAAUCAGUACUUUGGGAAAAUAAUAUUUUUGAAAUUCUUCGAAAGAAACUUGAUAAAAAACACAAAAAACAAUCAAAUUCAGAAAAAUCCAACAAUUCUGACAAUGAACAACAUAACCGAAACUGCGCAGCAAGUCAUUUCGUCCGACGGAAUGGCACAGGUGCUGACAACAUUAAUACCUCUGCUGGGUACACAGGCCGCCAACACCACGGUUGCCAUGACGACAGGGCGCGUCCGGCCAUCGGUGCCGCCUGAGUACCUGCUCCAGGUGAUAUUCGUGUGUGACCAGGUUCUCACCCCGCUGGUCGUGUGUUUCGGCAUCAUCGGCAACAUCUUCAGCAUCGUCGUGUUGACGCGCAAGGAGAUGUCGUCACCCACCAACUGCUUCCUCAAGGCGCUGGCUGCGUCAGACGUGAUGCUGCUCGUCGUGCAGAUUCCCCACUUCCUGUCCUACAACCACCGCCUCAACGACACACACUCCUUCAAGAUCUUCUAUAGAUACUACACCAUCUUCAGAUAUUUUGCCAACAACACCUUCAUCACUUGUACGUGCUGGAUAACGGUCGCCGUGACGAUCGAGCGCUUCAUCUCGCUGCGGUUCAUGAUGAACUCGAGGAUGGUGUGUACGAUCCGCCGGGCCCGGCGUGCGAUCCUGGCCAUCUUCCUCAUGUCCUUCGUGUUCCACUUCUCCAAGUUCUUUGAGUACGAGCCCAACCUCAACCUGCGACAGCCUUUCCCCGUGGUGGGCACGGCCCUGGUGCACUCCACGGCCUAUGAGACGUAUGUGCAUAUCGCCAACAUCACGCUGGCGGCCAUCAUCCCCGUCUUCGUGCUCAUCGUCGUCAACAGCUUCCUCAUCUUCUUCCUCACCACCCACCGCCGCCGCAUGCUCAAGCACAAGACACCCGGGUCAGGGUCAACGUCGCAGGUCGACAUGAUGCACAUCAGUUUCAUCGUCGUCUCCAUGGUGCUCGUCUUCAUCAUCUGCCACUCCGUCGGGGUCUUCCUCGCCCUCAACAUUGCCGUCCACGGCCGGUACAAGAUCUUCGCCAAUCCCCUCUUUGUCAGCAUGAAGCAUGUCAAUGGUCUGCUGGUGUUCGUCAACUCCAGCAUCAACUUCCUGCUGUACUGCGCCAUCAGCAGGAAGUUCCGCACAACGUUUGCGUCAAUUUUUUUAGGUCGACUCAGCAAGAAGAUGUCGUGGCCGCUCCAGACGUCCACCAACGAGCAGAGCAUGCUGAGCAAGGCCAACGUGACGACGCUGUACACGUCGCAGAUAUCCACAACUAGUUCAAAGGGAGUGGAUGAUCUGUAGUCAUCACAACACUGUCACAACUAAAGACGAUUUAAGCAUUGGACAACUGCUGUAUAAUUGCAGAUAUCCACAACAAGUUCUUAGGGAGUCGAUCAUCUGUAAUUAUUACAGCCCUGUCAGAACCAAUGACGAUUUAAGCAUUGGACAACUGCUGUAUAAUUGCAGAUAUCCACAACAAGUUCUUAGGGAGUCGAUCAUCAGUAAUUAUUACAGCACUGUCAGAACCAAUGACGAUUUAAGCACUGGACAACUGCUGUAUAAUUGCAGAUGUCCACAGCAAGUUCUUAUGGAGUUGAUCAUCUGUAAUUAUCACAACACUGUCAGAACCAAAGACAAUUUAAACACUGGACAGCUGCUGUGUAAUUGCAAAUAUCCACAACUAGUUCUAAGGGAGCUGAUGAUGAUAUAUAAAUUUUAAUCACCAAAAAAUAUUAUGAAAUUUAAAAAUGAGAUAUCCACUAAAUCGUUGUGGAGGAAAACCUAACCACGUGUAUGAAAUGACACCAGAAAGACCAACAAGCUCGAGAUAAUAGAUGAUGGUUAGAGAUGAACAUAAAAGUUGUGGAGGGAAAACAAUUUCCUAGAACAAUAUCUCAACACCAAGAUAUCCUGGGCUCUUGAAGUCAGGAUAAUGAUGUUUCAAAGUACAUGGACUUAAAGACAAAUGCUGGUGUGUACAUAAAAGUUUAAAAUGAACUCACAAAUUCAAAGGGUUUAUUUAUUAAAUGUAAUUGUGUAUGAUGGUAUGACUUGAAAUGGCAAGGUGUUGUCACAAUCAAAGCACAAACUACUGUGGACAGAUAUAUAGACACUGUAAAUACACCUAUAGUCAAACUUGUUUAUAAAGGUCAUCCAUGUAACCUACAAAA